UAACGGCCGUGCAUUUCUAGAAUAUUCGUUAUUUGAUUAGUUCAAACAAUACGUUUUCUUAGUAUUUAUAUAUGUUCGUUCUGAUUAAACAUAAUCAUUCUUGCUUGCUAUUACUAAAAAUUCUUCUGGUGUCAGAAGUUAUGAAUCCUGCCAAUUUAAAAUUGUUACGUCGCCAGAUUUCGUGUUUAUUUAAUCGAUUUGAAUUAAAUCAACUGAUUUUGGAUCAUGAAACUAUCGAUAAAAUUGAGAAAUUGGCUGAAAAACUGGCGAUUGAACAUGAAAACUAUUUCAAUGACGAAUUCGAUGAAGAAGAUUUGGAAGUAAAUAUCAAAAUAUCGGAGUAUACUUUGAAAAUGAAAAAGUUGUUGGAAUUUAUUUCUUCUGCCAAAGAAGAGUCCAAAGUAAAGAUUCCAAAGUUAAAGUUACAAUUUUCUGGUUUUAAAAAAGACUGGUUGUCUUUCCUAAGUCUCUUUCAAGAAAUGUCUCAACUGAAUAAUUUUAAUAUUAAAGAAAAAUUUUUGUUGUUGCUAAGUGCCUUGCCAGAAAGAUUGAAAAAUGGAAUUUCCUUGGAACCGAAUGAGUUAAAUUUUAAUUGGUUAAUUGAUUUCUUGAACAAUAAAUUUGGAAGUGAGGAAAUCAAAGAAAGCGAAAUUCUUUCUCAAGUAGAAAAAUUGAAUGUAAAAAGUGGUCCGACUUGGCUAAUUAUUGAAAAAAUUGACAAGUUGUUCAUUCAGGCUCUAAAUGCUGAUAUCUCUUUCGAUGUUAGAGAAUAUGUUUUCCGGAAGAAAAUUUGGUCAGCUAUUCCUUUGGCUACGGCUAAUGAAAUCAAGAGAGAGGAAGAUCAAUCUGUGCAAAAUAUUUUAAAGCUUCUCAGAGAGAAAGUUCGAAUAGAAAGAGAGUGGAAAUUAUUCCAAGAUUCAAGAAUCAAUUUUUCUAAAGAUUCUUUCAAUUCUUCUGUGAAAUGUGAAAUCUGCAAUUUAAAGAAUCAUCAAACCUUCAAGUGUCGCAAUGGUUCUGUGGAGUCAAGAAAAGAAGCUGUUUUUAAAAAGAAAUUAUGUUUAAGAUGUUUGAAGCCCGGUCAUAAUGUUAAAGAUUGUAAAUCCAAGUUUAAGUGUUCUUUUUGCAAAGGUGAUCAUGCUUCAGUUAUUUGUAAAAAGGAGAAAGAUAAAAAAGGAAAUGUUAACAAUUUGGAACAAGCUUCGAUUGACACUUGUGAUUCCGAGAUUUUAAACUGUUAAGCCCUCCCGAAAAUUUAAUAAAAAUUAAAAUUAAAUUAUA